AUGGGUAAAGUAGCGGAGGCGUUGGGUGGAUUUUUCUCGAGAAAGGAGAUGACAGCCAUUGUUCAAAACGUUCCUGAAGUGUUACUGAAGAAUAUCGAGGAACUUGAAGAGAAGUAUGAGUACAUCUUCUUCCAG